AUGGGGAUAACCGGUUUGUUGCCUUUUUUAAAGAAGGCAUCAUGCCCUGUAAACAUCAAAGAAUUCAGCGGUUAUACAGCGGCUGUGGAUGUUUACUGCUGGUUACACAAAUCCUCCUACGCAUGUGCGAUGGAUCUUGCUCUUGGAAAUCCUACUGAUCAAAGUAAGGAAGCUUAUAGAAAGAAGGCUGCCGAACAUCUUCUACGCGGUGAUCGUGAGGCGGCACAAGAGUGUUUCCAGCGUUCAGUGUUCGUCACACCUCAGAUGGCAAAUGAUGUGCUUACAGCAGCAAGAAAAAUGGGAGUGGAUUGCAUCGUGGCACCUUAUGAAGCGGAUGCGCAACUCGCUUAUCUCAAUCGGGCCGGUUAUGCAGAUUNUGCAGAUUUGGUGAUUACCGAAGACUCAGAUCUCCUCCUGUUUGGUUGUAGGCAGGUGAUUUUCAAACUCGAUCUCACAGGAUCUGGUGUUCUGGUUGCCGUCACAGCUGGCAUUGGGGAGCUGUGCUGUGGUAUGAGACCGAGUCAGUUCACUGAACAGACUUUACGCUUCAUGGGUAUUCUUUCUGGCUGCGAUUACUUCCCUGGAAUUCCAGGUAUUGGGCUGGCGACUGCAGCAAAGAUUCUCCGGCAGACACGGUUAACGGACUUGCGUGAGUUACUCACGAAAAUUGGCUUGUACGUCAACUUGAAUGCAGCCGCCGUUUCCUUCAAAAUGGGUGACGAAACAUCUGACAAAUGUGAAAACGGAUUUUCCAUGAAUCAAUCUAAUCAAACGCGUUGCACGGACAAAAAACUAACUAGAAAUGCAUCCAAAGGGCUACACUGCACAGUUAUUGAUGCAGCCGUACGCGCAGAACGAACUUUCCGUCUACAGGUUGUUUUCGAUCCGGCCAAUCGAAUGCAGUGCCGCCUUACGGAUCCUACGCCCGAGGAUAUCAGUGAUGAAUUGCGCAUGUGUUGGAACGGACCCACGAAAGACGACACAGAAAAUUUGUUCUCGUUUGCCGGACAGUUGCUGAAAGAUCGUCAAAUGGCAACACAACUGGCUUUGGGAAAUGUUCAAUUUGACGACGGUCGGAUUCUGAACAAUUUCGAUCCGGAUUCACCUGGCCAGGUUCGUAUACCAGUCGCUCUUCAGAAGCCACGAUCCGAAGGCAAUCUUUUGUCUCAUGUGUCCAAACUUUCCUCCACAAACUCUACUCGACCAGUCCUGGGACAGUUGGGUCAGGGAGCUAGGGCUAACGCAGUAAAUGCCUCACUACAGCCCAAUCAACGGCGCUUGCUAAUGAGCAUAUGGCAGAAAGAUUACCCAACUCAAAAGAGGUACACUGUUCAUUCGUUUCUCCGUACAAGUCACGAGUGUGAAUAA